CUUUUGGUCCUGGGCGAGAAAAGGGAACGAACCGGUCGUGAGGAUCUCAGGAAUCCAGCCUAGACCAUGGCUUUGCGGGUCACCCGGAACACAAAAGUCAAUGCUGAGAACAAAACAAAACCUGCAAUGGCCCUCACUAAGCGAGGGGUUGCUGCUAGCAAACCUGCUUUGAGGCCUAGGACUGCUUUGGGAGACAUCGGCAACAAAGCUUGUGAGCCACAGUCUAAAGACGUAGGAAAAAAGGAAAUGUUGAAGCCUACAGCCGUGGACAAAGUAAUUACUCGGAAAAUCACAAAACCCACUGAAAAACCAAUUCAACCUGUGAAAGAAGAAAAGCCAAUUCCAGAACCUGUUAAGCUGGAGCCUCUAUCCCCAAGCCCCAUGGAAACAUCUGGCUGUGCUCCAGCAGAGGACAUAUUAUGCCAGGCUUUCUCGGAUGUACUACUUGAAGUGAAAGAUGUAGAUACAGAUGACGUGUCUGAUCCAAACCUUUGCAGUGAAUAUGUUAAGGAUAUCUACAACUACUUGAAAUUUCUUGAGGGUCAGCAAUCGGUGAAAGCAGACUACUUGGCAGGUCAGGAAAUUACUGGAAAUAUGCGGGCCAUCCUAAUUGACUGGCUUGUUCAAGUUCAGAUGAAAUUCAAACUGUUGCAAGAGACCAUGUACAUGACGGUUGCCAUAAUAGAUCGGUUUCUUCAGGUAAGGAAAACUGGCCAGAGCAAUCCACCGUCGAUCGGACGAGACUCCUCCCACGUAACNGAUUUUGCCUACGUGACAGAUCAUACUUACACCAGCUUACAAAUCAGGCAAAUGGAAAUGAAAAUCUUACGGUCCCUGGAUUUUAACCUUGGUCGUCCUCUUCCACUGCAUUUCCUAAGGAGGGCAUCCAAAAUUGGAGAGGCAGAUAUAGAGCAGCAUUCAUUGGCAAAGUACCUGAUGGAACUUGCACUGGUGGAUUAUGAAAUGGUACAUUAUCCUCCCUCCCAGAUUUCAGCUGCAGCAUUUUGUUUAUCUACUAAAGUUCUGGAAGAGGGAGAGUGGACGCCACUUCUUCAACACUACACGUAUUAUACUGAAGACACUCUUAUUCCUGUGAUGCAGCAUAUGGCAAAGAAUGUGAUGUUGGUAAACCGAGGCCUUAUAAAGCAGAUGACUAUCAAAAAUAAAUACGCCAGCAGCAAAAAUGUCAAGAUUAGCACCCGUACAGCAUUGAAUUCUGCAGUCAUACAGGAUCUCGCUAAGCCAUUGUUGAAAUAAAUAUAAUUUAACUGUUUGGACAAAGUUGACACCAUGUGUCACUGUUGUGUGUUGUGUGUAUAUAAUAU